CGUGGAUCGACAUCAUGUAGAUGAUUUACAUAAUGCCCGACGCAGUGCAUGUAUCAUUUGAAACUCAAUGCCGCCGUAGACAAUGCCACCUUCAAGGGGUAUAAAGUUGCUCAACUUAUUUGCCAUACAAGAAAUACCUAGAAAGCGCCUUAACCCUCAUAGCCAACUUCCCGUUAACAUGCUCUUCAAGUACAUAGCUGUCUUUGCUGCAGGGAUUUCUGUCGCCUUGGCUCAGACAAUCGAGUUAGGGUUCCCUCAGAACGGGGACAACUUCUGCCCCGGUCAAGAAGUAAUCGCUCAAGUUAUUCUACCGGGAUCCCUAGCAUCUUGCAUUCAGGUUGGCAUUGCCUUAGCAAUCGAUAACUGCGUGGACGGUUUGUGCCCCGUCCCAGCAGAGGAGUUAGGAUCUGUUCUCUAUGCAGGCCCUUGGACACCCGAUACCCCCCUGGACCACCCUCCUGGUGGUAACUACCAGAACUUUACCGUCACUAUUCCGUCCUACCUUGCAAAGGGUCCUGCUAUCUUUACACUCACGCACUUGUGUCUCCUUGGGGCGGCUCCAUAUCCACUCCUUGAAUAUCGUAACGCGACGGUGAACAUUGUGUGAACGGUGGACACCGGAGAAAGGUUUUCAUCAUGUGGGUUCAUAUGGAUGUGCUGGAUCUGGACUGUUGUUUCGUGUCUUCAUUAUGAAACUCAAGGACUUUAGUAAUUGUUGAUGUAGGAUCGGAGGAAUUACUGUCUGUCGUACUUCGCUAGCACUCAUACAUGCCAUCAAUUGAUGUAAUUACGCAUAA